UGCACGCGGGGAUUCUCAGGAUGAUGGCCGACCUGGAGUACGUGCGGCUGUACCUCAGCCUGCAGCUCAACGAGGCGAUCUCCUGGUGGUGCUUCUACAUCCGCGAGAUCUCGUGGCAGCUGCUGAUCGCCCUGCUCGCGUACCUCUGCGUCUGUGUCUUCCUCUACGCGGUCCUCAAACGGGUGGGCCAUGCCGCCUGGCAGCUGCCAGGCCCACCCGGUAGACUUCUCCUGGUCACCGCUCAUCCGGACGACGAGGUGAUGUUCUUCGGGCCGUUGGUCUACUGGCUGGCCCGCUCCAAGGCCAGCGAGAUCUACCUCCUGUGCUUAUCCAUGGGUGGGGACAGAAAGAGGGUAGACGAGCUGUGGGCGUGUGCGAAGGUGCUGGGAAUCCCGGAGGCUAACGUGACGAUCAUUAUGAGCAGCGAGUUGCCGGACGAUCAGGGCGUACAGUGGCCAACGGACACGGUUGCAGAGAGCAUCUUGCAAUACGUAGAAAUGUAUAAAAUCAACGCCGUCGUUACGUUCGACAAACACGGAGUGAGCCGGCAUAAAAAUCAUAUCUCCUUGUAUUUUGCAAUCGCCGCGUUGUGCAUAGAAAAAAAAGUACCUCCUUAUUGCAAGCUAUAUGUGUUAGAGUCCGUUAAUAUAAUCAGGAAGUACAUUCAACUCUUAGAUUUGCCCGUCAGCCUACUCUCGGCCUCGUACUGGUAUCUGGUGACGUACGAGCAGAAGCGAACGAUCAAAAGUGCCAUGGCCGCACACAAGUCUCAGUACGUCUGGUUUCGAAAGUUGUACAUGAUCUUUUCGCGAUACACGUUCAUCAACACCCUCCAAGAAGUCAGUGCCCUCGACCUGGAGCUGGACCUCCAGUUCGACGAGGACUGAACGUCACGCGACGAACGAAGGACUGUACAAAAUGUGUAAUUUAACUAUCACUGUACAUACUUUGUCUACCAUGAUAAUGUAAAUUACGUACCAAAGCUACGAAAACUAUAGAUAAUUAAUACGGAAACUUUGAAAUAUAUGCAGAGACACACACUUUGUAAGAGGGAAAUAUUUUUUUAUUCAUUAAUAUAAUAGAAUAUACAUUGUAAUUAUACUUUCGAACGCGGCACGUAGUUUUUACAGUGCAAUAAAUCAAAGUUCUUUCCUUAAAAACAAACAAUAACUGCGUGCCGUUUUAUCCUUCUCUAUUGUAUACAACCUUUUGCAGCUGCAUAUAAAUUCAAAUUGCCAUUUGA